AAUCCGCUUCCCACGUUUCAGGUCCACGAGGGCCCGACGCCUCUUUCGCAGCAGUCUUCGUCUUCUUCGAACCCCUCUCUCGCUGCCGGCUGAAAAAGAAAAUUCAAAAAACAAACGCAGUAAAGAAAAAAAAGAAAAAAAUCAGUAGAUUUACAGAUACCUGAAUCGGGAGUUUUUUCGACGGAUCCGAUGGCUUCUUCGAAGAAUCUGAUACUGCCCGUGUCCGAUUCUUCGUCGAGGAUCGUUGGUAGCGGUGACGAGAGCCUCUUCAAAGGAUCCGCCAUGACGAAGAGAGGCGCUUCCGCUGCUAUCUCCUACAUGACCUGCGCUGUUCUUCUUGUGAUGUUUAACAAAGCAGCACUUUCUUCAUAUAGUUUCCCAUGUGCAAAUGUCAUCACUCUUUUCCAGAUGAUAUGUUCAACUUCUUUUCUGUAUGCAAUGAGGCGCUGGAAGAUAAUUUCUUUCACAGUAGGCGAACCCUGGAGUGUCUCUGAUAACUCCUCUCCAUUUCUUGUAUCGUUUGAGACUCUGCUUCAUACCCUGCCUCUUGCUAUAUCAUAUUUACUUUAUAUGCUGGCCACGAUGGAAUCUGUACGGGGAGUAAAUGUUCCCAUGUACACCACCCUUAGGCGGACUACUGUGGUGUUUACUAUGAUGGUGGAAUAUCUUCUUACAGGGCAGAAGUAUACAUCUUCUGUUGUCGGCAGUGUGGGGUUGAUUGUAUUUGGAGCAUUUGUUGCGGGAGCUCGGGACUUGUCAUUCGACUCCUAUGGCUAUGCCAUUGUUUUCGUAUCCAACAUCACUACUGCAAUAUAUCUUGCAACUAUUGCCCGCAUUGGGAAAUCUAGUGGGCUCAACAGCUUUGGUUUGAUGUGGUGCAAUGGAUUGAUAUGCGGACCAGUUUUGUUAUUUUGGACAUUUAUCCGAGGUGAUUUGGAGAUGACAAUGAACUUUCCUCAUCUAUACUCUCCUGGCUUUCAGGCUGUGAUGCUUCUUUCUUGUAUAAUGGCAUUCUUCUUGAAUUACAGCAUCUUUUUGAAUACGACACUCAAUUCUGCACUUACGCAAACAAUGUGUGGCAAUUUGAAGGAUAUCUUCACUGUUGGACUGGGUUGGCUACUGUUUGGCGGGCUUCCAUUUGAUCUGUUAAACAUUAUUGGGCAGCUUCUCGGCUUUCUCGGCUCUGGUUUAUACGCCUACUGUAAACUCAAAGGGAAGUAGCUUAUCUGUGGUCCAAGCUCAUUUACCAUUGGGAAGGACUAACAAUGCGGUGGGGACGAAUCAUUAAAAAAAAAGAAAGAAAGAAAACAACUCUUCGAGGGGUUCGAAGUGGUUGACGGUACACUGUCUAGUCAUCUCUAAUUGUUGCUUGGCGGAUGAGAAGAAUUUGUGGAGGUUGUAACUUUAUUAUUGUCUGAAAGAGCUUCCUACACGGUAUUGGAAACUGAGUUUAGUAGUUCUGUUCUCUUCACCCUAUCUAUCAAGGGGAACUGAAGGCCUGCUUUUUUUUCUUUUUUUCUGCUUGAUAUAGUUAUUUAUGGGUGAACCGAAAAUUGUGUCAAAGAUGUUGGUCUCAUUGAUUCUUUUGGACCUAACCUUUUGUAAGAUUACAUAUUCUUGGUGACCGCAACCAGUGGUGAGAAUGCGAAGUAGAGCUUUUUGUCGCC